AGACUCUGCUUGGAGGAGCGUCCUUGCGGCACCCACUCUUCCCUCCCCGAGCAGCUCGGGCUCACAGGUGCCCCAACAGCCCGGCGGGAUGGUGGCGUGCAGCCUCGCUUGCUGGCGGUGCCGCUGGCUCCUGCCCCUGCUGUUGGGCCUGGCCAUCAUCAUGGGUAUCAUCGCGCUGGCAGGCCGGGGCUGGCUGGAAUCUGAGUCGGAGCCCUAUGUGCACCAAGCAUCGCUGUGGGAGAGCUGCAAACGGGGCGAGCAGGACCUCAACUGGAACUGUGAAUCUCUCAUGGACUAUGGAUGGGGGAGAGCAGCAGCUGCCACAUACCUCGUUGGCUUUGUGAUCCUGGUCAUCUGUUUCGCCCUCGCAGUCAUCGCAUUCUCAAUUGAAAUACUUCGCUUCAACUUUGUGCGAGGAAUUGGAGGCUUGCUUUUUGUUGUUGCUGCAUUCCAAAUCAUAGGGUUGGUCAUCUACCCAGUGAAAUUCACAGAAGAAAUUCCACUGACAGGAGAUAAUAUGUUCAGCUGGGCCUAUGGUUUUGGUUGGGCCAGCACCGUUGUUGUGAUAGGGUGUGCUUUCUUCUUCUGCUGCCUCCCCAAUUGGGAAGAUGAAGUCCUGGGAAAUAUCAAGCCGACCUAUUACUACUCCUCCCCAGACAGAGCACCAUACUUAAAUUGAAAGGUUAAAUCCAACUGCGAUCAACUGUCAAAGCAAUAGAAGAGCACUGCUGCUGCAAACAUUGGUGCGACUAUAAGAGACUGAAAAAAAACAACUACCUUAUUUCUUCAGUAUAUUUCUUACAAGCACUGGUUAAAAAAAAUAAAUUAGAAAACAUUGGCAUCUGUAAGCAAAUAACUUUUACCUAAAGUAUUAUUUACAUAUUCUCAUGUCAGUUCUGUUUUGGCGGUUUACUUACUCCUUUCCCUCCCAACUGAGUCAUCCUUAUUUUAUUCAAACAUAUCCUUACAAAUAAAGACGUAGCUUUUCAAGAUGGAAAGGAGGAGAGAUUUUAAACAACCCACCAGGGGGACCUGCAGGUUUUCUUAUUUUUUCACCUGCGACAAAAUGGCUUUACGUAGAAUUAGGAAAAAAUAAAACCCUUCCAAAGAAAGCUUUUUCUUCUGCCAAAAAUCAGUCCAAAGGAAGGAACUCCGCUGAGUCUUUUACAGUCAUAUGCUGCCUAAGAAUCACUUCUUGUUCCUGUUACUGGACCAUUGCUGACUAUCAAGCGUAUGAACUAAGGGAAAAAUAAAAUCUAUUUUUUCCACCAUCUGUUGCAGUGAAAUGGAGCCAAUGUGUAUAACGGUGGCUAACGUAACACUUAAUGGAGGUUUUGUGACCACUGCAGGACGUGCUACAAAGACAUACAUAAUUAAAUGUACGUUGUCACAGAGAGAACAAAUAAAUCUUCAGAUGUUAAACCGCGUGCAUUAUUAUAUGGUAUUUGGGGGAUGCUUGUUUAAAAAAUACUUUUCAGUAGAAACAUACACUGCUCUUUAUAUCUGCCCUUUUAAAACUGCAGAGUUUUAAUUAUUAGACAUGGCUUGGAAGGAAAUCUUAGCAUGUGCUGUUGAAAACCUCCAGAAGUUUCUAAAAUUGACCGUGGGGUCUGGGAAUUAGUAAACCUGGGAAAGCUUUGUGAGUCACUAGAGAUAACCGAUAUAAAUAGAAAAGCAGCCUGUGAGCAAUAUCUGUAUGCAAACUUCAUACAGACACAUCUCGGGGAGUAACCUGCUGAGCUCCCAGCUUGUCUUUUUGGAGCCAGUGAAGAAUCCAAGUAAAUUUUCCAGUGAGACAGAGCCACGUCUGCAUCUGCCACGGACUGGCAGCAGCCUAUGGCAUAUUUACUUGAGAUCUGUCAUCUCUGUCAGGGCUUUCCCAGGCUGGAGAAGAAGGCAGAUCCUCUGCCAGGUGUGGGGGCAGAGGCAGGUUUCUGAGAGGGCUGUAGGUGCAGUGGAAGGAAAACAGUGUUAACAGGGCUGCUUUCCCCUUACUGUGACCCCAGUGCUUCAGAGAGAAUGUAUGGGUAUAUGUACUCACACACACAUACAAAACAGAACUUACAAAGUGCUAAUCAGCAUCCUAUAAAGCUAAGGCAUUGAGAACUAAGCUUUUUUAGUGUUCUGUAUGUCUUGGUGUCAUAUUUUAUUUAACAUCCCACUUCAUAACGCUUCUCUGAUUUCAUAACUCUGCAUUUUGUAUGUGUGUAUGUCUUAAGGUCCCUUGCAGGCCUGUAUUUUAUAGUUUUACAGAGCAUAAAUAUCUCCAAGCUUCAGAACUACGUUAAAUGCUCAGUCAUGCAUGGCACAUGGAAUCAAGUGUUAGCAAUUCCUGCUGAACAAGACAACCUGUAAGAAAUGUGUCUUUUGGUUCUCUCCCUGCUCUUCCUGUAGAUAGAGAAGGGGGUAUACUGGAUAGAUGUCUGUGUUACAAAUAAUAAUAGCGCCUUUCAAGCGAACCCAAAACACUGGAGAGAAUCUCAGGUCUGGAAAGUCCUCACACAGCCAAAGCUGAGAAGGAGAUAAUACAUAAGGAAAUGGACACCCUAAUGAGAAGGACAGUGGUAUGGAAAUAGGCUUAGCAUAACUUCAGCCUUUUCUGUGGGGUUUUUUUUUUUUUAAGCAUUGUCAUAUCUUGUCAAAAAAAAAAGCACAAGUGUAAAAUAAACAUGGUUCUGAACAUAGUGGGUGGAAGCAUAGGCAGCAUGUUAUGCAAUUUAGAUGUAUCUAAAGUGAUACCAAUGUACAUGUCAUUCCUUUCAACCAUGGUGGCUUAAUUAAAACUGUUUUAAUCAGUA